AAGAGAAUUCUGCAGCUGAGCAUCGACUUUGUGCAUCCAAAGAGAUUUUCGAGAUCAAGAUCACCUCCAAAACCGAUUGAUUUCUUUAUUUACUGGGUCAAAGAGGUGUAGAUACUCACGAUCUAUGUAGGAAGAAUCCUCUCGAAUUGGUCGACGUCUCUUCUUCUCCUCGGGUUCGAACACCGGGUCCGCCCUGAGGGACCAAUCAUCAAAUUAUUUUCGAUUGUUUUUGAUUGUAUUUAUGGGGAGGAUCAUCUGAUGAAGAGAUAUUUUGAUGUGAUUGACGGUGCUCAGUGUUUUGGAUAUUGAAAGGGACAAGAGGAACGUAAAACUGUCCGGCAAUCGAGAAUCCCAUUUCCGCGGAAUGUCUGGUCCCCCACUGACACUCACCCACGUUCCCAGUUGAUCUUGAUGUGUUUCUGGCAAAUCACCAAUACUUAAAUGAAGGAAGCUAAACGAGCCAGCAUGCCUGAGCCAGUCAACCACCAGGUGAAUGCAGCUCGGAGGACCUUUCAGACCCUCUACGAGAUCUCAAAAUUAUUGAAUACCAAUUUAGAUCCAGCGACACUGAGUAUUUGCGUAAGAUUGUGUGAGAAUGGUGUCAAUCCUCAGGCGUUAGCUACUGUUGUCAAAGAGCUGCAGAGGGAAGUCAAAGCCCUUGAGAAUGCCAAUGCAGAGAGUGGAAAAGAUCGAAACGCAGUCCAGGGAUGCACCACGUGUGGAAAGUGCGAUCUUGUGCGCGCAAAGUGAGCUUACAACCUCACUUUAGGGACUAGUUAUGAGACGAUAAGUGCUAGUGACAAUCCAGUACGUUGUUAUGAAUACAAUCGUCACCACUCAUCAACUCAGCUAUUCUCCCAGGUAAACGAUUAUCCACCGCAAACCUCCCUAAAUUCAUAAACUUAUUUUCUUUUGGAAACAAAUAUUUAUUCUCCACUAAUUCGACGGAGCUAUCGCGUUUUCCAAAACAAUAAGUCCUGAAAAUUCACGCAAGAAAAUUAUGACGCAGUUCCACGAAAUGCGUCUAAAUCCCCCUCGACUAUUAACUUACAACAAAAGCUCUCCACACGUCUGCUUCAUGGGGCUGAUCAAUCGAUAAUCCCGCAGGCCGGGACGAGUGCAAUUUGAUAUACAAAAAAAUCACAAAUAGUGCGCUCAUCUCCGCCUGCACGACAAUCAAAAUCUUGUGGAACAUCUUUCCAAAGCAGUCUCCAAGAAAAACUGUCGAAAUUUCUGCACUUCGAUAGGCCGGGACAAGUGCAAUAUUACAAAGAUCAUGGAAACAUUGUCACAUAUCUCGACCUAUCUCUCAUGCAAUUAAUCAUUAAAAAUCAUACCAAAAGCUCCUUGAUGUUGAUCUUAGUCAUCAUUAAUUCAAAUCAAGAGCUCAUGAUUCACCGAUUCGUACACAACAAUUGCCUGAUCAUCUCCGAAUCGAGAAAGCACAGAAAAAAAAGUUGAACAAAAAAAUUAAAACUGAAUCACCUGAAAAACAAUUUACGACAAGCGAACCCUUGAAUUCACUGGUUGUAAAUAAAUUCUUCUGGUGAUAAAAAAAAAAGUAAAUAAACCUCAACUCCGUAGUCACUUCACUAUAGUUCACACACAAAAAUUUAUCCUCAAAAAAAAAAAUAUAUAUACAUAUGUAUGGCUCCUGAUCAGAGAGUUGUCACGUCGUCUCCUCGACGUUGAACUCUGAUGAAUACUGGAGGAAGACUGCUGGCCUGAGCCAGGUGUCCCUGCCUCUUUAUUUCUUUUGGGUCCCCACACCGGUGCCCCAUGGACAACACUUGGGGCCGAUCCCCGGGGUCCGGGGUGAAACGCAAAAACCCCACCCUAGACCCUAUACAGCAUGUGCCCAUCACAAUGGUAGUUGUAAAAUUUUUAGUCGUGUUGUAGUAAAAGAGGCGAAAACCGUACCGUCAGUGGUUGGUUGACGAUGUUUGGGGUGUCAGUGGUGGGGCACAGAGGGGUCAGGAGGGGCUCUGAAGAAGGGAACAGACGUUAUUCUUAUUCCAGAAUCCAAUGGGGCCAGAAUAGUUUUCCCCUAUUUUACCCCCACCAAUACCCGCGGAGAAUUUAAUCCAGACCUUGCACGGAGGGUAGAGGGGGGAACUUUUUCCCCAUAGACCUACUUAUAAUACUCAAUAAUAUUUUUUUUCAUCACCGGGUGAAUUUCUUUCACUGGGAUUCAAGUUUCUUUUCUUCGCGAAGAAGAGACAACAGUACCGAUGUUAUGUCCCGCCAAAAAAUUGUAUCAGCUGUCGUUGAAAAUUUCUUCGUCCUUGUCGAUGAGCUAGCUUCAACGAGGAUAGAUGUCUUAUUGUCUUGUGAUUGAGAUUGGAGAUGUAUAGGGAGAGAGAAUUUAAAGUAUUGAGAUGGGUGGGGACGGGUUUUUGGAUACACGUGCGAUCCCUGAAUUUUUUGAGUAUGGAAUAAAUCAGAGGCUUUUGAACAGGGGGGCAAUUUCCGUUGGCCAGGUUGGAAAGUGUGCGAGAAAUGGAAUUGUUGCAUUAAUUUCUUUCUCAUUGAAUAAAGCGAUGAAUUACAGCAAAUGCUAAAUCUAAUGCUAAAAAAAUCUUGAUAUCAUUAUAGUUAUUUAUCUCAUUCUAUCGGCACUAAUUAUUAAUUGUUCAAAAAAUCGAGCCUUUGUUUUGUUAUAAAAAUUAAUUGAAAAGUCAAUUGAUCCUUCUGGCAGGCGAUGUAAACACUUGUAUAACAAGAAGUUUGAAUUCGAUUUAAAAUACAAUCCCUUCUAUAUUUUUAUAACGCAUUAAAUGCGAUCCCUAGGGUUUUGCAUAUGAAAUAGAUCAGGUUUUAUUUCCAUGGGAUAUAAAUUUCCGUUGGUGCGGUUGGAGAAUGCGUUGUGAGAUAUUAUGGGAACAUUCGGGAAUAUUUGACCCCAUUAAAAUUAUGCGAUCAUUCUUAACGAUGGAGUAUUCAAAUUAAUAAUCCUUCGCUUUCCCAUUGUCCCUCAAUUAUUUCUAAUGAUUAAUGUCCUCGAAAAAAUUCACUAAAAGACCAUCAACUUCUCCGCUCUCCAAGCACUUGUCAAUCAACAAGUUUAAAAUCCCCGAGUAAUAAAUCCAAGCAGUAAAUUCACAAAUAAAAAAGAUAUUGCAACAGGUCUGAAAAUUCAAUCUCCACCACCCCUUCCAUAUUUUCCCAAUGAUGUAAAAUCCACACCCCCCAAAUAACUAACAAUUCCCACCCCCUCCCUGAAAAAAAAGAACAAAUCCCCGGGGGGAGAAAAAAAUUUGAGAACCACUUGUAGAGGCCUGAACAGCUGUCGUGUGCGUACGUACAGUGCAUAUACCGCAUUUUGUUAGAUAUUGGAAGGCUCUCUCUUGCCUUCUGUAAGGUAUACGGUGAAAACGGCUAGGGUAGUUUGGAAAGGUAUAGGACAUUGAGUGUUGCAUCUGCUGGGUUUUUCGGUUUGGUUUGUGUUGUCGGGUACACGCGCGUACACUUAUGCUCCACCAGCCAGCAGGACGGCUGUUCCUUCAGACCUGGGGCCCUCGGGUUAUUGAGGGAGGGCCAGCAGCAGGGGCAUGGGAAGGGGGGUACGUUUUCAGAGCAGCCCAAUCCCGAUUUCCCGGUUUUCGGAUGGGUCGACAGCAGGUCACAACAGUUACAAUGAUUUUUAUUGCAAAUGUAUACAACCUUGACGGCUGUAUAUCAUGUUUAUUCGGGAUUUAUGGAGUUGAAUUUUCGGUAUUUGGUUUAACUGAUUGAAAAACACCUGAAGAAUUUUAGACUGGGUUUAUUGGGGAUUUGAUAACGGUUUAGUCACUGUUUUUCGGCUUUAUGGGCCUUAGGAGUUAUUUAUUUGGGAAGGGACUGAAUAGUAAUUAAUUGGUAAUUGAUUGGUUUUUACAACUGUUUCGGGUAUUUUUCAUUGGGAAAAUUUAUUUUAAUGAGGCAAUUAAUGUGGAAAAUGUCACGACAUGUUGGUCAUUGCUGCCUAAUUGUUGACUAUUGUUGUGAAGUUUAAUUUUUAUUUUUGGGAUUGGCGGAGUAAAGAGUAGCCGAUUUUUUUUGUUGGGGUCCUUGUGAAGGCCAAUAAUAAUUCAUUAGUUUUUAGAAUUUUUAACUAUGCAGUUAAUGUCGGUAAUUAUUUAUUCAUUCAGAAAAUCAGAAAGCUACAGAAAAAGCCUCGUUUCUCUAAAUUCUGCAAAUGAGUCGCAAAAUACUGCUCCUGUGUAAAAAUAAUUGGAAUAAUCUAAUUAAUGAGCUUGUAUAUGAACUUUUGUUCAAAGAUAAUUUUUCAAAGAUCUUCGCAAAAACCUUUUAACUAUUUAUUUAUGAAAAAAUGAUUGUUGGCCUCCGAACUCGAUUUCUUUCUUCUUUCUUUCAAGUUUGAACAAGAAAAGAGGGGUUUUACCCACUGCACAUUGUACGCAACGCAGCCGGCCUUAUACCGUCGAAAAUUCUCUUUGUCCCAUUGUCAUCGGAUUU